AGGGAGGGGUCUAGCGGAAGGUGUCAUGGCGGCCGCGCUCUGAGGUCACGUGCCCCUCCGGCCUGCCUCGGUACUUCCGGUCACGUGCCCCCCGGAGUUCUCGCAGCCAGCGAUGGAGGGGAGACCCCCCAGCCACACAGGCGGUGGCGAAGGCGGUGGCCGCCGGGGUUCAGCCACUUGGCCGCAACGUCUCUGAGCAGCGCAGCAGAAGUCGGCCGGGUCCAUCCCAGUGACUCACCCGCUGCCCAGGGGCAUAGCUCCCACCUGCACCUCUAGCCAUCAUGGCAACAUCAUCUGAAGAGGUUUUGCUGAUUGUAAAGAAGGUGCGUCAGAAGAAGCAGGAUGGAGCCCUGUACCUCAUGGCUGAACGGAUUGCUUGGGCACCUGAAGGCAAAGAUAGGUUUACAAUCAGCCAUAUGUAUGCAGAUAUUAAAUGCCAGAAGAUCAGUCCAGAAGGAAAAGCUAAAAUUCAGCUUCAACUUGUCCUCCACGCAGGAGACACAACUAACUUCCAUUUUUCCAAUGAAAGCACAGCAGUAAAAGAGCGAGAUGCAGUGAAAGACCUUCUUCAGCAGCUGCUACCGAAAUUCAAAAGGAAAGCAAAUAAAGAACUGGAAGAGAAAAACAGAAUGCUGCAAGAAGAUCCUGUUCUGUUUCAGCUUUAUAAAGACCUUGUUGUGAGUCAGGUGAUAAGUGCUGAGGAGUUCUGGGCCAAUCGUUUAAAUGUCAAUGCCACAGACAGUUCCUCUGCCGCCGUCAAUCACAAGCAGGAUGUCGGCAUCUCUGCGGCAUUUCUGGCUGAUGUCCGACCCCAAACAGAUGGCUGUAAUGGUCUGAGAUACAAUUUAACCUCAGAUAUCAUUGAGUCCAUAUUUAGGACCUAUCCAGCAGUGAAAAUGAAGUAUGCAGAAAAUGUCCCCCACAACAUGACAGAAAAGGAAUUCUGGACACGCUUUUUUCAGUCACAUUAUUUUCACAGGGACCGGCUAAAUACAGGGUCAAAGGAUCUUUUCGCAGAAUGUGCCAAAAUAGAUGAAAAAGGGUUGAAAACAAUGGUUUCAUUAGGAGUGAAAAAUCCUCUACUUGACCUGACAGCUUUGGAAGAUAAACCAUUAGAUGAGGGAUACGGCAUUUCUUCUGUGCCUUCUGCUAAUUCUAAAUCCAUAAAGGAGAACAGCAAUGCAGCCAUCAUCAAGAGAUUCAACCAUCACAGUGCCAUGGUCCUCGCAGCAGGUCUCCGGAAACAAGAAGCACAACAUGAACAAAAUGGUGAGCCCAGCAGCACAGAUGGAAAUUGCGGGGAUGCAGAUUCCUUUCAGCCAGCAGUCAAGCGGGCGAAAUUACAAGAGUCCAUUGAAUAUGAAGACUUGGGAAAAAAUAAUGCCAUAAAAACAAUUGCACUAAACCUAAAGAAGUCAGAUAGGUAUUAUCAUGGUCCUACUCCAAUCCAGUCACUACAGUAUGCAACAAGUCAGGACAUUAUUAAUUCUUUUCAGAGUAUUAGAGAAGAAAUGGAAGCAUAUACACCCAAAUUAACUCAGGUUCUCUCGAGUAGUGCUGCCAGUAGUACCAUCGCAGCACUGUCACCUGGAGGAGCACUUAUGCAAGGCGGAACACAGCAAGCUAUAAACCAGAUGGUGCCAACUGAUAUACAGUCUGAAUUGAAACACCUAUAUGUCGCUGUUGGUGAACUUUUACGUCACUUCUGGUCAUGCUUUCCAGUUAAUACACCAUUCCUAGAAGAAAAGGUAAUGAAAAUGAAGAGUAAUUUGGAACGAUUCCAAGUUACAAAACUCUGCCCAUUCCAAGAAAAAAUUCGGAGACAGUAUUUAAGCACAAAUUUGGUAAGUCACAUAGAAGAGAUGCUGCAGACAGCCUACAACAAGCUCCACACGUGGCAGUCACGUCGUCUAAUGAAGAAAACGUGAAAGAUUCGUGAUUCUCACAGGUUUUGUGAGACAGAACUGUGACCUGUGGCGAUCCUGGAAGCCUGGCUUGACAGUCAUGCAGAUGGUCGCUCAGCAGUGACAAACAUCUGCACCACACAGACUUUCAGAGCUGAGGCUAUUAUACUUGCACAUUGUGAACUGAAAGUAAAGGAACUGUGACUAUACUAAUAGCUGGGGAAGUAAACUAAGGCAGAACCAAAAUGAGAUAAGUUGCAAAUAUAUAUAUAUUUUUAAAAGACACUGUUUACUGCAGUUACUCAGGAACUGCUUUUGAUUCACAUUAAGCUGCUUUCAAAAAUUAAAAAAAAAAACUUUUUUAAAGGGUACAUUGAUAAAAUCUGGGGUGUUCUUUUUCCCCCUUUGGUUUCAUGUGUGUAUAAUUUUUCCCCCUGAAUUCAUUGCACAGGGUACACCUUAAGUAUUUUUCUUCCACCCUCCGAUUUUGGGCCUCCAAGUUUUACUGAAUUCUAGUUGUACCUUACAUCAGCAAAUUGAAGAGGGUACUCUAAAAAUAAGACAGGGAAACUGUUGCUCAUCCAUCAGAUAACAGUUACAGUCAGAAGACAUCCUUGGUCCUGUGUUUCCUACGGAAAUUAAAAACAAAAACAAUUAAUAUUGCACUGAAUGUUUGUGUUUUGGAGUCCAUAAAAUAUAAAGAGGGAAUAUAUUUGCAGAAAUUGGGUUUUUUUAUGCAGUGUUUUGUCAGGGGACAUUAGUGCUGCAUGUUUUUCUUUGAGUGCAAAUGUACAUUGCUACAUUUUUUUUUUAAAGAUUGCAUGUGCUUUGAAAAGAGGUAAUUGCAUUUUUAAGAGUUUAAAAAAUCUUAAGAGUGAAGAAUAUAAGAAAUCUUAUUUUUACCUCUUUAGAAAAAAAAAUAAAAGAAGUUUGUCAUA